GGUAGAUUUGCUCUACAUAAAAUCUGCAACAGAAAACAUCAAGAAAAAAGGGACUAUCUCUGAUGAGCACUGAGGAGAGAAGUACUUGUGAUACAAGUGAGUCUAAGGAAGUCGAAGCUUCCGCUAAGAGACACAGCUACCUAGUGUUAUCUGCUUUUUACGUCUGUGGGUAGCACCUCACUGGCAGAACUACCUGAAGAAAAGCAAGAGAUUCUGCACCCUGAGAGCAAAGAAAAUUCUUCAUCUCAUCUGAGAGGAAAGGAGGAGAAAAGAACCGGGGGAAAAACCAUGAGUUCUUCAAGUACAGAGUCCCUUGAAGUCGAACCCUCAACCUUUUAUGAAUAUUACGAUAGUUAUUACGAUGCUCCAAAACUAUGCAGUAAAGAAGGCGUCAGGAGGUUUGCAGCCUCCUUCCUACCCGUUCUGUAUUCCCUGGUAUUCCUGGUUGGGCUCGCUGGAAACAUUCUGGUCAUCGUGGUCCUCUUCAAAUACAAGAGGCUUAGGAGCAUGACUGAUGUGUACCUGCUAAACCUCGCCAUCUCAGAUUUGCUCUUCGUUUUAUCCUUGCCGUUCUGGUCUUAUUUCACAGUAGACCAAUGGGUUUUUGGAACUCCCUGGUGUAAAAUCAUUUCAUGGAUCUACCUGGUUGGGUUUUACAGUGGGAUAUUUUUUAUUAUGCUUAUGAGCAUAGACAGAUACCUGGCAAUUGUUCGUGCAGUGCUUUCCUUGAAAGCAAGGACCACCUUUCAUGGCUUGAUUACUAGCCUUGUUGUGUGGCUAGUAGCUCUUUCAGCCUCAGUCCCCGAGCUGGUAUUUAGAGAGUCUUUUAAUGAACAUAAUUUUACUACCUGCAAGCCGAGAUUUACAGGCAAUUUCACAACAUGGAAGCUUUUUUCCACUUUGGAAGUCAACAUUUUAGGGCUCCUAAUCCCUUUUAUAAUUAUGACAUUUUGCUACUCCAUGAUCAUUAAAACUUUAGUUCAUUGUAGAAAUGACAAAAAGAAUAAGGCUGUGAAGAUGAUUUUUGUUGUCAUGAUUGUGUUUUUCUUCUUUUGGACCCCCUACAACAUUGUUAUUUUCUUACAACUGCUGGAAUUUAUGGGAGUCAUUAAAGACUGUCAAGUGAGCAGGAAUCUGGACUAUGCUUUCCAGGUAACGGAAAUCCUCGGCCUUUUUCACUGCUGCCUCAAUCCAGUCAUCUACUUCUUCAUGGGGGAGAAAUUUAAGAAGUACCUGAAGAUGCUCUUUAAGAACUGGCAGUUACCAGGGUAUUUCUGCAAGUGGUGUGGAGUUCACAUCACUUACCACACUGAAUCUACCAGUUCAUUCCACACACAGUCUACAGGGGAUCAAGAUGCUCUGUAACACAUUUCAGACCAGCCACUGAACUCAGCAGCAAGCAAACUAACAACAAACAGCAGGAACUUUGAAAAGCAGGAAUUUUGAAAAGCUAAGCAAAAGCAAACACAUUUAACAAUAAGCUAGCGCCAGAUAAUUACUUACUUCAGCUUUAUUUGUGCCUCUAGAUUUUCUCAAUAUUAUGACAGAAUGUGGAAUGUGGUGGAUGGACAUGCAAGGUUUCUCUGCUGUGAUUACAGCACAAAUUACUGCUCAGCUCUGUGCAAAGCACUGCACUGUGUGCCGUCUUUGUCACCAGCAUCGAGAGAUUGGCCUGCAUGGAGGGGCAGAGGUGAGACAGCACCUUGUUAUCAGCACAUGCACUUAGAAAAUAUAUUCAUGUACUCAAGAAGGAUGAUUGUAACCAUACUUUUUUAUUCUGCAGUUGAUCUGUGUAGGACUUGUUCACUUGUGACUCUUAGGCAGCUGUUAGCAGUACCUGCUACUUUUAAAUGUUUCAUUUCAGGGGGGAUGAUAUAUCCCUUGUCAUUAAGAAAAAGCACAAAAUAUAUUCUCUAUGUGCACAAAGACUCAAAGCAAAGCCAUUACUUUUCACUGUAGGUGCAUUUUCUUUCAGGUUGACAUAUAUACCUAUAUGUCGGUGUAUAUAUAGGCAUUUUGAAUUACUUUAUCACUGGAAUUCAGGAUAGCACUUCUGUAUUUUAAUGAAAAUGAAAAAUAUUUUGAAUAAUUUUGAAUAAAAAUGUUUAGAAAAACUUAUUUUCCAGCAUGGAUGAAUAAAUUUGAGCCAUCUUGGUUAACAGUA